GUUCUGGCCCCGCGUGUGUAGGAGCCUGCGUGUGUCCAGGACCCCGCAGCAGCAUGGGCGGCGCGCGGGCUGCGGGUUGGGUGGCGGCGGGCCUGGUCCUCGGCGCCGGCGCCUGCUACUGCAUUUACAGGCUGACGCGGGGCCAGCGGCGGGGUGGCCACGGACGCCGGCUGCGCCCAUCGCGGUCUGCAGAAGACUUAACCAAUGCUUCCUAUGAUGAUGUCCUAAAUGCUGAGCAACUUCAGAAACUCCUUUACCUGCUUGAGUCAACUGAGGAUCCUGUAAUCAUUGAAAGAGCCUUGGUCACUGUGGGUAACAAUGCAGCCUUUUCAGCUAAUCAAGCUAUUAUUCGUGAAUUGGGUGGUAUUCCAAUUGUUGGAAACAAAAUCAACAAUCCAGACCACAGUAUUAAAGAGAAAGCUUUAAAUGCACUAAAUAACCUGAGUGUAAAUGUUGAAAAUCAAAUCAAGAUAAAGAUAUAUAUCAACCAAGUCUGUGAGGAUGUCUUCUCUGGUCCCCUGAACUCUGCUGUGCAGCUGGCUGGACUGAGAUUGUUAACAAACAUGACUGUUACCAAUGACCACCAGCACAUGCUGGACAGCUACAUUACCAACCUGUUCCAUGUGUUACUGAUUGGAAAUGGAAACACCAAGGUUCAAGUUUUGAAGCUACUUGUGAAUUUGUCUGAAAAUCCAGCCAUGACAGAAGGACUACUCAGUGCCCAGGUAGAUUCAUCGUUCCUUUCACUUUUUGACAACCAUGUAGCAAAAGAAAUUCUUCUUCGAGUACUUACACUAUUUCAGAAUAUAAAUAACUGCCUCAAAAUGGAUGGCCGUUUAGCUGUUCAGCCUCCUUUUGCUAAAGGUUCAUUGUUCUUCCUGCUAUAUGGAGAAGAAUGUGCCCAGAAAAUGAGAGCUUUAGUUUACCAUCCUGAUGUGGAUGUGAAAGAGAAGGUUGUAACAAUAAUACCGAAAUUCUGAUUGGUCAUAUUUUUCAAAACAGUAAUGCAGUCUGGAAGUUAACACACAGAACUUACUUUGUCUUCCUUAGAAAAGGAUUCUUUCAGCUGCUGAAUUUGAACAGUAAAUAUCACCUUUCAUCAUUAACACAGUACAGGUUGAACAUUCCCUGAUCUGACACAAUGCUCAAAGUUUUGGGUUUUACAACAUUUUAGGGUUUUUGGAUUAGGAAUGUUUAGCUGGUAAAGUCUGUGCAAGUAGUCCAGUCUGAAAAACUCCAAAAUAUGAAACACUUCUGGUCCUAAACAUUGCAGUUAAGACACUCAAUCCCUCAAACUUACCAUAGUCUUCAGGUUUAUUUUGGACUGAUGUCAGGUUAGUAUCAGCUAUUUGCUGAUACUUUAGUGAUUUCCUGUACAUGAAAUGGCAGUGGCGUUUUUAUAUAUGAUGUACUUCUCUACUCCUUGAAUGGUUUGCACUUAUUCAUCUGCGACAGCGUAUGUGAUUUACUCUGGCCUUGUUCUCAGUAGCAAUGAGAUCUUGAGCUCUCAAAUAAACCUGCCAGCUCAGCCACACUGCUAAAGUAUAUUUUCAUCACCACAAUCUAUUCUCAUUCCUAAUCAAUGAAAAAUGUAUACUUUUCAGGGAAAAUAUUUCUUUAGUACUCAUUCACUCCCACUCAGUGUGCCAAUAUAUAUUAUAUUUAAAAUUCUGGACUCAAUCAAAAUGUCCAGCCCUAGUUCAACUGGUUAAAUCGAUGAGCCAAUCUUAAGAGUGAAGUGAGUCUAAUUGUAUGUCAAAGAUAUCCAUGGAGUACGGUUGUUUUUGAAAGCACAUGUUGUAAAAGAGUAAGUAUAGUAUGAUCCUAUGUGUGGUUUUUAAAAUGAGAAAUGUUUAUGCUUACAUAUGGACAGAACAUUUCUAGAAUGGUACUUAAACUCCUGGGAGUGAGACUGAGAAUUAGGAACAAAACUUUUCUAUGUAUACCCAUUUUUACUGUUUGAAUUCUUUACU